AUUAGAUACUACAUACAUUUAGUUUCUUCCGGCGGCAGAACACAUGAAAUGUAUCAGCUGAAAGGUUGUGUAUUGCUCCUGUUUGUGGGUGCUAUAGCAGGGGACGGAAGUGAAACCUUCUUUACUAAACGUGUGUGGGCAAUAUUGGUAGCAGGCUCAAAUGAAUGGUUCAACUACAGGCAUCAAGCUGAUGUCUGCCAUGCAUAUCAAACGCUAGUCAGCCAUGGCGUUCCAAAAGAAAGAAUUAUUACUCUCAUGUAUGACGAUAUUGCAUUCAAUACUUUGAAUCCACACCAAGGACAAAUUUUUAAUGAACCGAAUGGUACAAAUGUUUAUGAGGGUGUUGUGAUAGAUUACAAGGGAAAAGAUGUUAGUGUGGAUACUUUUCGUCAUGUUCUACUUGGUGAGAAGGAAGCAUUAGCAAACAUUGGCAGUGGAAGAGUGCUUUCAAGUGGAGAAACAGACCAUGUUUUAAUCAAUUUCGUUGAUCAUGGAGGCACCGGAAUGCUUAAUUUUCCUAGUUCCAAUUUAUAUGCUGAUGAUUUAAAGAAUAUUUUAAAGAAUAUGAAAGAUAAGAAAAUGUUCGAUAUUCUAGUUAUGUAUAUUGAAGCAUGCAAUUCAGGCUCCAUGUUCGACAACAUAAUUGGAGGAACUGAUGGCGUUCUAGUUAGUACAGCUGCAGCUCCAGAUGAGUCAUCUUAUGCUUGGUAUUGUGAAAAUGAACUGGAAACAUGCUUAGGAGACCUAUAUAGUAUAACCUGGAUUGAGAGAUUAAACAAGAUGAUCUCUAGCGAGUCUUUAUUUGAACAAUUUGAUGCGAUUCGUACAUCAGUGCUUCAAAAAAGUCAUGCAAAUUUAUAUGGUGACUAUCGGGUUGGAUUUUAUGAACUGGGCUUAAAUUUUGAUGUAAAGGAUAAGAAUUCAUUGAGGGUUCAAAACCAGUAUGAGAUGAUAGAAGAUGGUGUUGAUAGCAGAGAUGUUCCACUUUUCAUAGCGCAAAAAAAAUACCAAAAAGUUAAAAAUAAAGGAGAAAGAAAAUCCCAGUAUGAACAAAUAGUUGAGAAUCGCCAUUUCGCAGACAACUUAAUAUCAAAAAUUAUGCAUUUAUUCACUGAAGGAAAUCUUAGGUUAAUGAGAGAGUUAGAAAACAAAAUUCUUCCAAUAAAUGAAAAUGUAUUUGAUUGCUACAAAUCAAUAGUUAAUUCAUUUCAGAACAACUGUUUCAAGCUAUAUGAGCAUACUUACUUCUUAAAGCAUACAUACAAACUAUCAAAUAUAUGUGUUAAGAGACUUAAGCCAGAAAAGAUGAUAAAAGCAAUAGAAUCUAUCUGCAAAGAUGUGAAUAAAGGUGAUACAAUUAUAAUCUAGAAUGAAUAAAAAAUUGUUUAUAUUAAGCUAAUCUUGAUGAAUAAACAUAUAAAUAAGGUAUCUCAUAAAUAAAAACAAUUUAACAA